GCUUCGCAUCAUGUCUCUCGCACUGCAGGAACGUCUGCAGACGGCGUCGACCGACUACCAGAAGUUACAGAAUGAUACAUCGAAUGCCGUGGAGGCGCGACAGCGGCUGGAAGCACAGCUCUCGGAGAACGAGCUCGUGAAGAAAGAGUUUGCUCAACUCACGGAAAGUAACACGGUGUACAAACUGAUAGGUCCCAUCCUAGUGAAACAAGAGCAGGCAGAAGCGAAGAGCAAUGUCGAGACGCGGCUCGAGUUCAUCCGCGGAGAGAUCAAGCGAAUCGAGGCACAGCUGAAAGAUCUUGACGAGAAAUCAUACGAGAAGAAGCUAGAGCUCGUCGAAACCCAGGCGGCUCUCCAGCAGCAGCUCAACCCGCAAGGGCCACCCGCUGCCGUCCCCGCAUGACACCGAAGUUGUAUUGUAGCCAUUAUACUAUCAUUUUGCUGUCACCACCAGCCUGAGUGCUUUCCGCAGUGUUAUGCCCGAGUAGCUGCGAAUGCGAUGCGAUGGAUGUCUUUGACACGCGAUCAUCUUGAGAUCUUCCUCUCAGUGAUUGUGAUUGAGGUUGAGACUGUCGUUACAGGGAUGUCAUGUAGCAGCAGUGGCGAGCGGAGCCUCGGGCGCUGCGCCCGACUCUGCGGCAGCAUUUGCUGCGGUCUCACGCUGAGAGCUUUCGUCCUCCCGCUGAGAGAUUUUGGCAUGUGCCUUCUCGCGCUCGCCCUCCGGGCUUUUGAUAAUCUCCUCCAGUAUGAAACGUUUGCGCGCAGAGAUCGGUGGGCAAUUCCGGAUGAGCACCAUGUCUCCGUG